UAUUUUGUAUAAAAUCAUUUUCCUUUUUAUAACAAAUUUCCUCCAUCCAAAUGACCGUUUAGAACAGGAUCUUUUGUACGAUUUCCAUCUUCUUGUGUACAAUGAGUAGCAUGCAAAGUGUUUUGGCUGCUUAUAAUGUUCCUCCAACAACAAGAUUUGGUCUCGAUUCGCUCAAGAAGGGAUGGUUCAGCGAAACCGGCUCGGUGAUGGGGGAUCAGGCGAUAUCAGUGAAGGUGGAGAAGAUACUGUUCCAAGGAAAAUCAAAAUAUCAAGAUGUGAUUGUAUUUGAAAGCGCCAAGUGGGGGCGAGUCCUCGCCCUCGAUGACUCCUUUCAGCUGACCGAGUUGGACGAAUGCUCGUGGCAGGAAAUGGCAACUUUUCUGCCUCUCAAUUCCCAUCCCAAUCCUAAAAAGGUCCUGGUCAUCGGUGGAGGCGAUGGAGGAUCCGUGAGAGAGAUUUCGAAACAUCCUUUGGUCGAAUCCGUUACUAUGUGCGAAAUAGACGAGAUGGUGAUUGAAGUGUCGAAGAAAUACCUACCAUUCAUGGCAAAAGGAUUCGACAGCCCGAAGCUGAAUCUCUACGUCGGAGAUGGAGUGGAAUUCAUGAAAAAUCACGAGAAUGAAUUCGACGUCAUAAUAACAGAUUCGACAGAUCCAAAAGGUCCGGCUACCUGCCUCUUCGAGAAACCUUACUACGAAAAUCUGAAGCGAGCUCUGAAACCAGACGGACUUCUGCUGUCUCAAGGAGAGACUUUCUGGUACGACCGAGCUUUAGUGAAAGAAAUGAUUAAAAUGUGCAGAACGCUCUUCCCUGUGGUCGACUACGGGACGUCUUACGUGGCUUCUUUCCCAGCUGGUCAGAUCGGAUACCUCUGCUGUUCCAAGAAUCCAGACACCAAUUUCCGAAUUCCAGUCAACAGAUUUUCUCAUCAAACUUUGAAAGAGCUUGAUUUGAAGUAUUACACUCCCGACGUUCACCGAGCAGCGUUUUCUCUACCAUUAUUUGUGGCAGAGGACCUUGGAUUGGAUUGGGAAGUUAAAAGCAAAUGAAGCUCACACGUAAGAGAAUGUGUAAAUGAAAUAAAUAUGUUGAAACAUACCAAUAAAAAGAUUUAUGAAUCA